GAUAUAUGAAUGAAAGGUGGAACGCACAAAUUGUCAAGAUUGGAGGGGAGAGGACACAAACUAGAAGAGCACUUAGUGUUAUUAACCAGAAUUUAGUCGGAGCUCAUCGAUAUCCUUGCAUUGUUAAUAAGCGUGAAUUAUCACAGAAAUUUGGUGCUACACUAAUUGGUACCUUACACCAACAUUACCUCGAGGAAACCAAGAAACCAAAACCAGCUAUUGGAGAUUUUACGAUAUGGGAGGAACAUGACACAAAUGAAGCUCAACCAGUUCCUAUGUGUUUGGAACAACCUGAAUCAUUCUCAAAUGACAAGGUCACACAAAUUAUUAGAAAAUUUAUUUUGAAUUUUACUUUCUAAUGGUAUUAAUUUGUGUUGAUGUUCUAUACAUAUGCGCGAUUAAAAAUUCAGGAGGUGGAGAUUGAAAUGGAGGAUGUGUUUGAGGAGGCGUUAAUAGACAUUGAUAAUGAUGAUGCAAAAAACCCUCUUGCUGGAGUUGAAUAUGUGGGAGAUUUGUAUGCCUACUACAGGAAAAUGGAGGUUAGUCUAGUUUCGUUAGAAGGAUCUAAGUUAUAUAUAUAGCGCGAAUAAUGUUUACAUGUUGUAAAGUUAUACGUUAUUGUUGGUCAGCUUAAUUUGAUAGUAUUAUUAACAUAAAUAUUUUGUUAGUGCGCAGAACUUCUUCUGAAAAUUUCAGCUUUGUUGAGGUAAAUUUCAUAAGUAAUGAGGUAGGUAUCUAGUCUUUAUUCAAUCAUUUGAUUGUUAAUUGAGUUUCAAAUGAAAAAAUAUUAUUUUUUUUUCAAAUCAAGAAUUUUUUUAGGGUUAGUGGUGCAAGGUUGAUUAGAAGCUUUUAUAGCAAGACUACAAUAACUGUUCUUUCACUAUUGAUGGAUUGUUUAAUUACAAGACUAUGUAAAUUUAUCAUGUCUUCUUAAAUUAUCAACCUUAUGUUUAGUUAAAAUAUUCUUCAUUUGAUUGUCCACGC